AGGCGACAGCGAACGACAAGAACUGUGUAAAAUUUUGGUAGCACAUUUUGGUAGUGAGUACCAUUCGAGUUGUGCUGGAAUCGACUUGCUUGUUGUAGUGAUUUCUGUUGCAACUAGAACUUGUAUUGUGCACGGAGUAUAAUGAAAAGUGUAAGUGGUUUUGAUCAUUUUGACUUCACGCUAAUUCAGUUACAUAGAGAGUGGUCCUUCUAGUGGAUUUUUAUGAAUAGCAAAAAACUACUUAUGCACCGCGACUUCGAGCGGAAACGGAAGUACAUGCCCAAACACUACGGACACGGCGACGCAGCGGGACACAUGAUGCGUGUAUGAUAUUGCAAGUUCUCCUUCUCCUCGCCGCCAAGCAGUAGAAGCUCUACCCCACCGACGUCAGUGACCCACGAGGUGUUAGUUGCCAAACGACCUCCUUUCGGACUACAACCUGCCUGCAAUCAUGGGAGCCCCAGCGGCGUGUGCACGACGGGUAGUUCUUCCUUUGCAGAUAAGGAUUGCUGCUGCAGCUCGACAGGAGAGGUGACGCCAAACAUACCGCAUGGGGUAAAUUGAACAAAACUUCUCGUUGGUUGCAAGGAGCCUCGGACCAUAGCUACGAGCUGCGACUUCACACGACAUCUCACUCUAUAGAAGUCCACCAUGUCAUCUCCUAGCAGCAGCUCCCGCGGCCCCAUGAAUAUCAAGGCGACGGAGCCGCGUUGGCCGUCUCUCGUGUCUACCGUCGUGAACAUUGCGCGCGCCGCCAACCAGCAGGAUUUGGGGGACUACGUGGCCUUUCCCUCCGGGUUUGUGCCCGCACUGGACCCGGUUCGCACCGGGCUCCGGAAGCGGCACGGGCUCGACGUUGUGCUGCCGAAGACGCGGCCGACCGGGACUUUGCCGAAGGUAUUGUUUGUGUACUCGUCCUCCGUCGUGCUGGGCACGAGGGAGUUGUACCAGCACUUGGCGGCGCACCUCAGUUGGCACGCGGUCUGCAGCGUGGCUUUAUUCGACGUCGACGGGGAAGCUGUGGAGAGCGGCAACAGUGCUGAAUUCAAGUUGAGCAAACUCCGCUUCGUGUGGGAAACGGCGAAACCAGACUACGUCAUCGCAGACAGCUUCGGGGCGACAUUGUGUCUGUUGCUGCUCAGCGAGGUUUGCGAGGAGGAGAGGAAGGAGGCAGCGAAAGUACUAUCUCCCAGCAGCCCUCGUUCUCCUGACGGGGUGCAGGAGCGAGCAGUAGAGCGCGGUCAGCAGAAGUUCUCCCCCUCGCCCCGAAUGUCGACUAAGCACCAGCGACGCAGAAAUAAUGAAGAACCGCCCGCCGACGACCUUGCGGAGGCGCUUGAUGGCAGUUUACGGCUGAAUUUAGAUAGAGCAGGAGAAGGGUCGGUCGGAAUGAAAGGCCAAGCGAAUUCUCCUCCAGCGGGAACAAGACCUGCAGGUGCACCAACUAGAAGCGCCGCGCGAAAGAAGUUUUCCCUCCUGGGCGGGCUGUUGCUACUUUCCCCCUGGGUAGACCUGCAGGACCAGAAACUUCCGUCCUGGGAUUCCAACCAGUGCUCUUACGACUACCUCGACCCCACGGUCAUGCGUCGCGUCGCGCUGGACUUCGCAGCGGAGCAUGCAGAAUAUUGCACCGUGAAAUCGCAGCACGAAAAGUUGCAGGCGAUGGAAAAAAUAUUGAACAGGCAAGAAGCAGCUGCAACGUCCUCGCACGGGAUAAUCACAACUAUAGAAGCAGGCUCGACGCCAAGAAGUAAAAACUUAGCGGGAGGAGCCACGACCUCAGGGGGAGCAAGGACGACUUCCAGCAGUAAGCUCGGGGCGAAAGCAGAGUCCAGUGCUGGCAGUAACAAUACAACGUCUAACAUGAACGACCAAAAAGCCGCUUUCGGUGCUGCGGCCCUCGUUUCCGGCGAUUCGGCUACCGUCGCCGCGGCCCGUCUUUCGCGGUACAAGGUGGCUUUUCGGGCGGUUUCCGACUCGUCUUCGUCGGAAGAGGACUCUCCGCCGGCGAAGCGACGGACCUCGAGCGUGCAGGACAGUGUUUUGUCGAGCGAGAGCGCCGCAUCGACGCAGGACAACGAGGAGGACCAGAAGAACACCUUGAAAAUGCGGAAGGGCCAGGAGAGCUUCGCGAUGAUGCUGGGGCUGAAGCCGAAAGAGAAGCAAAAAUCCGCGUGGAAAGAGAUCGUCGCGCCGGAAAUUUCGGAGGAGGAGAUUCUCCGGCGGGCCUCGCCGAGUUCCUUCGCGGGCGACUUUGCGAACCAUUUUUCGCCCGAAGUCUGCCCCCGGAUACACAUCGUCUUUGGCGGCCGCGAGAAGCUCCGCGACCAGAUCCGGGUGUUCGCGAAAAACCUGCAAGUCGCGCACUUCAAGGCCGAGCAAUCGGGAAAACCGGCGGUGAAUGUGCGAGUGGAGGAAUUUGCGGAUUUGGCGCACUCCUUCCUGCCGCUGUUCUCCGCCUUCGAGCCCCGACGGCAUUACGGCGACAUCCACAUGGCCCUGAACUCGGUUCUGCGGUUUCUGUGCACGCCGGUCGGUAACAGUGGCGGUGCUUGUGCAACAUCUACUGCGCUGCAGCAUAAAAACUAUGGCAUGAUGAUGAAAACUGUUCCACUGCGGGCACCGUCGUCAAUCAUGCUCCGACGCGAGAGCGACGCAGUACCGCAUCACGGCAGUAGUACCCAAAGUGCAGCGGGGGCGGCGGCCUUCGGGAAUAAAGCAGCGAUAGGUACAACAAGCAUUUCGAAAAGUACCAGCGAUCAACAUCUUCCCAAUCGCAGCGGCACUCUGGUACAACAUCAGUCAUCCAACCGGCCCGAAGACGAUCGUGCCCCACCCCCUGCACCGAAACCCCCUUUUACUCCCUCCGAGCUGGAUGUGCGAGAUUUUGGCGAAGCCAACCUAUGCCCCUUGCGGUUGCACGUGAUCCAAGACUUUUCGCCCCCGGAACCCAGCGACGCCCUGUACUGCGAGAAUUGUCUGCGCGACAAGCCGGGCUGGAGCGCGUUCGGGAGCACUGGUACCUCUAGCACUCAUGACCACCUGGCCCCCUGCACGAAUUUAGGGGGUAACAGUUGCGGCGGUUUGCGACUCUGCGGCAAGUGCCGCGAGUCGCACGUGUGCGACGCGUGGAUCAGCUUGCUACGGGACAUGUGCGUUGUCGGCCGCGCAACCCCGGGGGACUGCCUGGUUUUGCACGCCCCGUCCGCCGAGUAUCCCAUCGAGAAGCUGUUUCUCAUUUCCCAGGGCGGCCGUCCCGCGGAAAAUACUAGUACAACCACUGGAGAUAAUAAUAAAACCAAGAUGUUAUUAACCGCGCAAGCAUUGCAAGAUGCGGUGGCAAAGACCACGCUGCGCUACGGACCUCCGCAGGAGAAUUAUAGCAAUUCUGGUUCUACUUCAACCGCAGCAGUGGUCGACCCAAAUUCCUCCUGGGGCGCCAUCGCCGACUGGUGGAGCACGGCGGAGCAGGCCGAGGAAGCCAGAAAAGAGCGGGAGAGGCGCGCGGAGCGGCGGUACUCGGAACUCCUGGUUUUCCUCGCGACUUUACUGGAGAAGGUGGAGCAGAAGCUUGGGCGGACGUCCGCGGACAUUGCGGAAGACUUCCCGUUCGCGACCAUCGAAAACCUGGAAAUCGAGCACCUCGGGUUCCAGCACCUGCUCCGAUUUCUCCGGCAGCUGGAGGUGUUGGCGCACACCACCUACGCCCCCAUCCUCACCAUGCACACCGGGCUUAUGUCGCUGCACCGCCGGGGGGUGGACUUUUUGCAGCGCCGGCAGCAGGGGCCCACGAUCCAGGACCGAACGCUGUUGACCAUGGACUCCGCAGUGAAUUUAUUGCCGAUUUACUGUGCAACGACCAGUCCCGCACAGCAAAAUAAUACCACGCCGUCGAGCAGGAGCGGGUCCAACGAACCCUGGUCUCCGGCGAGCUAUUACAACAGCGGUCUGGAUACAAAUACAACAACCCGGCGAAAUAACAACAGCAAUAACUACCCUUUCGUGGACGAUAAUUUCGGGAGUAAUCUGCGGUACCCCUUCAGCGGGCCACUGAGUGGCCGCGGCGGUCGUGACAUCUACUCCGAGGACGACGACGAGGACCAAUUCUCCAGCAGCACACCAGGUGGAAACGCGAAUCGUAGGUUCCAACACCGCCCACGAGCUAGCACCCUCGACAGCGAAGAGAGUAACUGGCGAAGUUACAACUCGGAACAGUGAUGCAGCUCUGGACUUUCACAGCAGCCUGGCGGAACAAGAACUGUCUUGUCGUGGAGCAUGUGCUGGGAUCUGGUUUCGCAGCAGCACAGACGGUGUUGCGCACGAUUUGAACGGACCGGUUUGGUGCAGCUUCUUUGGUCUUGUCGUAUCUCGUCGAAGAAGUGGAGUCACAGCCAACGCAGAAGGGGGCUGUGACGGGCGAGGGGAUGGCAAUCACUGGAACCAGAUUUAUUUUCUCUCCCCCUGGUGUUGGUCUGCAAUUAUAAAUAUGCACGCCCUCGAAAUGUUUUGAAUGCAGAUGACCCACCUGCUGGCGACACCUGACGAACUUUUCUGUAGAUUGUACAGCGACUACCAUGUGGAAAUCAUUUGAACAAAGGAAAUUAUUCAUUAUAGUCGUGAAAGACUUGUGCAAGAUGCAUUCAAUGAUUAUUUUGUGGGA